AGUGACGUAGGCAGCGGGCGGUUGGUCCACUGUUCAGUUCAGAGCGGGGGGGAUUUAUCAAACUACUGCUCGCUAAAAUUUAGCAGACUGGGCUUCCUCUGCCGAGCGGAGCUGCGGUUGAAUAUUUAGUUAAUAUUGUAAUGGAGAGUGGGCGGUUUAGGCUCCCGUGUUUCUGAUUAAAGCGCGCUGUGUUUUCUCUCCGCGGAAAGCAGCCAGGUUUGAACAGAAGCAGACAAAGGCCACCGGAAAUGAGCCCACAGACUUAGCUACAAUGGCCGGCUAGCGACCGCCUCAGCCGUGUUUCUCUGAAGAACAGCCGAGUUUUUCUGGUUAAAACCUGCGCUGUCGUUUUUUUUCGUGAACAGUUUGAGCGAAGACGGUUUUCUGUGGUGAAAAUGCUGAAGAGCUGGGAGUUUCUGCAGGACACGGCGGUGGAAACGCUUCGGGACUUCUCGCUUUCCUAGCUAUCCUGUUCGCUCGGCUAGUUAGCUUAGCUUAGCCAACUUACUACGGCGCAGAUUCCGCACACAUAAGAAAGACCGAGAGCGGGGAUUGACUGAGGGUAAAACCUCCUUAAUGGAUGUCUUUCGUGCAUCCAGUACCUAACUCCCCCCGUUAUGAGACCUGAGACUGUAAAUGCGCGUUUUUAAUGUGCGUGGUUGUGCAGUGUCGAAGUAAGUGAAGUUAGCCAGCGGGCUAGCUAAGCUAACUAGCUCAUUUUAAGCGAGGCGGAGCGGACCGCGAGUUUGACCGACAGCUGAAAUGGAGACGCAUGUUUCAAACCUUUUCCCAGAGAUUUUAGCCAUGAUAUUCAGCUACCUAGACGUUAAAGGCAAAGGAAGAGUCGCCCAGGUGUGCGUAGCCUGGAGAGACGCUUCCUAUCACAAGUCUGUCUGGAGGGGAGUGGAAGCAAAACUUCACCUCAGACGAGCCAACCCGUCCUUAUUCCCGAGCCUCCAGACCAGGGGGAUCAAGAAAGUGCAGAUACUCAGUCUCAGACGCAGCCUGAGCUACGUUAUUCAGGGGAUGCCAAAUAUCGAGAGCCUUAAUUUGAGUGGAUGCUACAAUUUAACAGACAAUGGACUUGGCCACGCGUUUGUGCAGGAUAUACCUUGCCUGCGGAUUCUCAACCUGAGCCUCUGCAAGCAGAUAACCGACUCCAGCCUGGGCAGAAUCGCCCAGUAUCUGAAGAACCUGGAGUUUCUGGAGCUGGGAGGCUGCAGCAACAUCACCAACACGGGUCUGCUCCUCAUCGCGUGGGGUUUGCACAGGCUGAAGAGCCUUAACCUUCGCAGCUGCAGGCAUGUGUCCGACGUGGGGAUCGGUCACCUGGCCGGCAUGACCCGCAGCGCAGCUGAAGGUUGUCUCAGCCUGGAGCAUCUCACCCUGCAGGACUGCCAGAAACUCACCGACCUCUCUCUCAAGCACAUCUCCAAGGGCUUGAGCAAGCUGAAAGUCCUCAACCUCAGCUUCUGCGGUGGAAUAUCAGACGCUGGUAUGAUUCAUUUGUCACACAUGACCCAGCUGUGGACCCUUAAUCUGCGCUCCUGCGACAACAUCAGCGACACGGGAAUCAUGCACCUCUCCAUGGGCUCUCUCAGGUUGUUUGGCUUGGACGUGUCGUUCUGUGACAAGGUGGGGGACCAGAGCCUGGCGUACAUUGCCCAGGGUCUCUACCAGCUCAAGUCCCUCUCCCUGUGUUCAUGUCACAUAAGCGACGACGGGAUCAACAGGAUGGUGCGCCAGAUGCAUGAACUAAAGACCCUGAACAUUGGACAGUGUGUGCGCAUUACAGACAAGGGCCUGGAGCUCAUCGCUGAUCAUCUGACUCAGCUGACGGGGAUUGAUCUGUAUGGAUGCACUAAAAUCACUAAAAGGGGACUGGAACGGAUAACGCAGCUCCCAUGCCUUAAAGUUUUGAACUUGGGUUUGUGGCAGAUGACUGAGGGUGAAAGGGUUAGAUGAUGCCUGGUUAGGCUUAACAAACACCUUUUUGAACCAGUUUGAACUACCUCUAACUAUAAAUACUGCCACCAUGUUUUCCUUUUUUUUUGAUUUAUGAAAAUGUGAAGGAUCCUCGAGUAGUUGAGUGGCAUGCAAUAAGAACACUGACCAUCUUUUGUUAUAUUGUUUUAAAAAGUAUAUAUAUAUAUAUUUCUUAAAUGCCUUUUCAUUAGAAAGUGUAUAGUCUAAUGUUUUUAGGUUCUCUUAAGGAGCUGGAAAUAUUUUCCCCAUUCUCUGACUUGAUUAUACUGACAAGAACAUUUUGUCAAUGCCUUAAAGUGUUAGCCUUGUCCUGAUCUCAAUUAUUUCUCUUACAAUUACACAUUGUUGGGAGUAAACAGCAGACAACAAACAAAAACUAUUACUUUGUAUAGUUCCUCCUUAGUAAGAUGAACAUAUGCAAUUUAAAACUUUGUAAAAAUAUAUAUGUAAAUGGCCAAUUCAUUUGUAAAAUAAUGUCUGGAAUGUCUGUUUAUUUUCCUAUGCUGAGUAAUUAAAAUGGCUUUUAAAAUGUG